AUGCGAGAAGUGUCAGUACCACCAAAAUUUACACCACAAACCAACAACCGAGCAAAGUCCCAUAAUCAGUCCCUGGCCGUUCAAUUUAAGGUUCACAUCGGUCACCCACCCACAAACCAACGGGAUGACCGAGUUCACCAACAGUUUACCAUCGUGAAUGGGCUAAAGAAACGACUAGAUGAAGCAAAGGGCCGAUGGGCAGACGAGCUGCACACCGUUCUAUGGUCAUACAGGACCACCCCCAAAGCCGGCACAGGAAGAACUCCUUACAGCCUAACCUAUGGGUCUGAAGCAAUUGUGCCAGUCGAGAUAGGAAUGCCCACCAUCCGAGUACAAUACUUCGACGAGCAACAAAAUGAGGAAAACACUAAGCUGUGUCUCGACCUACUAGAAGAACGAAGAGAACAGGCAUUGAUGCAUAUCGAGGCAUACAAACAAAGAAUGGCCACGUACCACAACAAGAGGGUCAAACCCCUAAUUGUCGAAGUAGGCGACCUAGUCCUACGAAGAGCGGACAUAGCAAGAGGAAAUGCUUGA